ACUCCUGGAGGAGGCCUGCCGCCAGGGCCUACCUUUUGCUGCCUGGGACGGGCCCACCGUGGUGUCCUGGCUGGAGCUGUGGGUAGGCAUGCCUGCCUGGUACGUGGCCGCCUGCCGGGCCAAUGUCAAGAGCGGUGCCAUCAUGGCCAACCUGUCAGACACAGAGAUCCAGCGCGAGAUCGGCAUCAGCAACCCGCUGCACAGACUCAAGCUUCGCCUCGCCAUCCAGGAGAUGGUCUCGCUCACCUCGCCCUCGGCCCCCGCCUCCUCUCGCACUUCCACAGGAAACGUGUGGAUGACACACGAGGAGAUGGAGUCCCUUACGGCCACGACCAAGCCCAUCCUGGCAUAUGGCGACAUGAACCACGAGUGGGUGGGGAACGACUGGCUGCCCAGCCUGGGGCUGCCCCAAUACCGCAGCUACUUCAUGGAGUCGCUGGUGGAUGCCCGAAUGUUAGAUCACCUUAACAAGAAGGAGCUCCGGGGCCAACUCAAGAUGGUGGACAGCUUUCACAGGGUGAGUCUACAUUAUGGAAUUAUGUGCCUGAAACGGCUUAACUAUGACCGGAAGGACCUGGAGCGGAGGCGGGAAGAAAGUCAGACCCAGAUCCGAGACGUGAUGGUGUGGUCCAAUGAGCGGGUCAUGGGUUGGGUGUCCGGGCUGGGCCUGAAAGAAUUUGCCACGAACCUCACGGAGAGCGGGGUACACGGGGCACUGCUCGCCCUGGACGAGACCUUCGACUACUCCGACCUGGCCUUGCUCCUGCAGAUCCCCACGCAGAAUGCACAGGCCCGGCAGCUCCUGGAGAAGGAAUUCAGCAACCUUAUCUCCUUAGGCACAGACAGGCGGCUGGACGAGGACAGCGCCAAGUCUUUCAGCCGCUCCCCAUCCUGGCGGAAGAUGUUCCGGGAGAAGGACCUCCGAGGCGUAACUCCCGACUCAGCUGAGAUGUUGCCCCCCAACUUUCGUUCGGCUGCAGCAGGAGCCCUGGGCUCUCCGGGGCUCCCUCUCCGCAAGCUGCAGCCAGAAGGCCAGACUUCUGGGAGUUCCCGGGCAGACGGCGUUUCGGUCCGGACCUAUUCCUGCUAGUGCAGGCCUCCAGGUGACCUCACUCGGACGGAAGAAUCUUCCCGAGGUUGGGCUGUUCCCUCUCCUGCCCGGACUGUGGCCUCGCCGGGGAGAGCGGGCGGGGGAGCUGGCGCCUAGGACUGGACCAUCUGUACAGACCAGCGGGCGUGCGCGCGCCCGCCUCGCACAGGGCUGGGGCCUGAACCAAACCACAUGAACUGGACUGAGGGGGAAGAAGCGGGCAGGAAGAAAUCCCGCCCCAAACGUCCGCCUUCCUUUUCUCUACUUUGUAAUUUAUUGAUCAGUUUCUGUUGGGAGACGGGUGUCCUUUACCCGCGGGAAGGGGGCGGGGCUUCCCUUCCGGGCCGCAUGCGGGGAGAGGCUGCCCCUCCCCUUUUUCCUGCCCAGUUGCGGGGCCCAAGUCUUCCUUCUUCGUCCGAAAGGAGGGGAGGGGAGACUCGCUGCUACAAGCCUCGCCCCCUGUGCCACUCAGCUCCGCCCCGCCGCGUCCGGUCGCCGGUCCCCCGGGUCAUCUGCGGGCGGGGUCCCCUCUCCCUCCCCCGUGUCUCGUGUCCCCGGGGCCUCACCGCCCCCCGUGCUGUGGCCGUGUCCGUGCCCCAGGGGUAGGGGGCGCAGAAUGGCGCUCCCCCUUCCCCUCUGGCUCCGGGGUUUGCAUGGGAGAAUCCUCUUUCCACGAUGCCGCUGGGCGACGUGGCGUGGGGGCAGGGGGGCAGUGGGGGAGCCCUCGCCCCCGACUCUCGGUCGGCCUCCCCGCCCCAGGCGUCACUCAGUGAUCACGGGUAAAGAGAACUGUUUCAAAAAGCU